GCAUAGUUGAAUUUCAAACAGCAAGCAAUAAGAAAGCGUUGAACAAGCGCACAAAAAACCUCAAACAAAAUCUAAAACAAAUUUUUUACCUAAAAGCAAAGCCAAAAAAUUGUUUUUAAAUUUUCCUAUAACUGUAAAGUGAAUAAAUUAAAUACAAAAGUAAAAAUGUCGUCUCUACCAUUGAUCUUGAGCUUGGCUGAUGACUUGGGCCGCUUGACUCCAUUCUACGAACCAGUGUUCUACACACGUUGGCCCGCUGUUACUACCUCGCCCAGUGGCCGCUUGCGCAAAUUCGAGAAAGAUUUACCCGUAGCAACUGUGGGAAAAGAUGGCUUCCAAGCCAGUAUGGAUGUACAACAGUUCAAGCCCAGUGAGUUGAGUGUGAAAGUGGUCGAUGAUCACAUCGUGGUCGAGGGUAAACACGAAGAGCGUGAAGAUGAUCAUGGUUACAUCGCACGUCACUUUGUGCGUCGCUACGCUUUGCCAAAAGGAUUCCAGGCCGAUAAAGUGGUUUCCACACUGUCUUCAGAUGGUGUCUUAACAGUAAGUGUACCAAAGCCGGCCAUCGAAGAUAAGUCUAAUGAGCGCGUAAUCCAAAUUCAACAAACUGGACCAGCUCAUUUGAAUGUAAAGGAUAAUCCUGAAGAGACUACCAAAGAAGAGAAAGCAAAAGCGUGAUUCUUUCAUAUAUCAUUUAUUUAAUUCAUAAGCAUUGUAGAAAAGUAUUCAUUUGAUCCAUUAUUAAAUUAUUUUGUUAAUAGGAAAAAAGUCUGAAAUUUAAGUUGUAUUGCAUUUAAAAACUGAAUUAAAAAUAAAACAGUUGUUUUAAAUUAAAGUAAUUAAA